GCUCUUUCUCAACGAGUGCCUCCACCGGACUGCGUUAGGGAAGCAAAGCAGCGUUUAUGGAUGUUGUAAUGCCCAUCAUACUCUCGCGCCUGUUUAGUGUUCGUCUUUCACGCUUGUAAUUCAUUUCCAUCCGAUAGUUAUCCCACUACGCAUUCCUGAAACAACAACUCUUUUUCAUUCCUUUUUUUGUUCUUGUAUUCAUGAGCUCCGUAGCAGCGAAUCAAUACAGGGCAAAUGUGCUGUUCCGUCUGCUGGCCUUUCUCGACAACACCGGAACUCAACCUUUCGUCCUAGCGAAGGAGGUCAGCGCAGACGGCCAUUUCCUUCACCCGGAAGUGGUCUUCGCAGAUGGCACCGCCGUUGCCGCCAUCCUCGCCGCAUCGCUGCAGGCGCUGCGUGCCAACGUCGCUCGCCUCUUCGCGAGUGCGGAGGAGCAGCGGGCACUCCUGAACGCCAUUGGCACCGGCGUGAGGAAAGAAGCGGCAACGGCGGAUGCAGUGCUCCCUCCUUCCCCCGCUCGCCCAGCAGCUCCCCUUUCUACCGCACGUGAUGCGACGGCAGACGCCAAUGGUGUCGCACAAACACAGGAACGCGAAGGCGAUCCACCCUCUGGAAAGGACGUUGCAGCGCUGACAAGCAAGCCGGUGUCGCUGCCGCGCGACACUAAGUGGAGCUACCUGGUCUGUCACCCGGUGUCUCUCUUACACUACGCGGAGCAGGUAGAGAGCGAACUCCCGAUUCACCUGCUUGUGCGCCUGCGUGAAGUUCUCGGUGUAGCGCCUGCUGCUGCCUCGCCGCCCCCCAACGACUCCGACGCCGAUCCCGUCACGCUCCCCAUCGCGACCUUCUCCGACACGCCUUUUGUGGAGCAAAUGCUGAUUGACGGCUUGGACGAGUGGAUGCGCAGUUGUCCGGUAGACGAGGUGAGGCGCGUGAUACUGGCCUGUGGCGUGCAGCCCACCGUGCUCUCCUUCGCCUUCGAGCAACAGCAGCAGCCGCAGAAGCAAUCAUCCGCUGCGGAGAAGGCGCCAUUUGUCUUUUCCUCCGAAAGGGCGAACACCCUUCUUCCCGACUCGCUAGUGGACUUUGUGGUGGAUGUGGUCUUUCCCGUGUCUACCGUCAGCACCAGCCCUUCCUCCUCCACCGCUGGCACGCAGAGCACCACAGCGACGAGCACGCCGGGCGAAGGACUGCAAGACUGGCUGCUGCUGUCCUACGAGAAAAACCACGAAACAAUCGAAGUUGGCGAGGAGGAGGAGGAGGAGGAAGACGUGAACAGCAACGACAGCGACGCCGGUGGAGGCGACCGCCCACGCAAGGUUCCGCACGCAGAGGGGGGUCGCCGUCCGCAAGCGUCACCGAAAGACGACGGUGAGACGAACAGCCUCGGUGCGUGGCAGCCCCAGGACGGCGAGGAGGUGCUCACGGCCGACAACAUCGAUCGCUACCUCAAGGAGUAUCCGCAGCGCAUUCCUAAAGAAAUUUUGCGUGCGAAGCGCAAGUUAAUCACUGACCCGGCCAUCACAGCAUUUGAGCUUGAAAACCACUACACAGCCGCGGAACUGCGGAAGCUGAUCAAGGAGGAAGUGGGCUCGAUGACGGCAGUGGAGGCGACCGUGCUCAUGGGGUGUCCCAUUUCGGAAGCCCAGGUCGUGCAGGCCGCGGGAGCAACACGUAAGGCGCAGUUUGUGGAAUGGGUUCUGGCAGCCCAUCAAGGACGUGCCAGCUCUGCCCAAGACAAAUCGUGGGAGUGA